ACAAUAUUAACCCCUUCUUCCCCGUGUCGUGUCGCAGGUGUCAAGCCCUGCGAUCAUACAAGUAAUUGGAAAUCGACAUAGACCUCAUUUACUGUCUGGAAAUUCUAGGAAUUCUAUAUUUAGUUUAGCGCUUUCUUUUUUGUUCUACAUUCAGAACAAGAAACUGAUAGAUCUAGUCUUUGGUUACACAAUUUCAGUUAACAUUUCAGUUACAAACACACAGUGGCCAUAUUGAAAACAAGACACUUAACGAGAUUUCAACUGAAAAUUUGUAAUUAUGGCAAAUGGUUGGCACAUGGAUGAUUAUCAAACACAGAUAAACAGCAAUGGAAUAGUCUUUCACUCAGAACGUUUACAGCGCCUACGAUCGUCAGAAACAUUUCCAGCAUUUGAUGACGACGCACCGCCUGAUGAUUUUACUAACAUAACAAUAUUCCCAGACACUGAAGAAAUAAACACAUCCAUUGAGCCUUUCCUCAGAGCCAACAAAACUAAAGGCAAAUACCGGGAUUUACAACACUAUCUUGAUGUACAUGCAAGACUCAUGAAAGAAGAUUAUGUAGCUCCAAUACGGGAAGGCUUAAAGGAAUACAGAGAUGCUGAAGAGAAUAAAAGAAAACCAAAAGAAAAUGAACUGCGGUUUUAUUAUGAUGUUAAACUUGUCUCCAUCGAGUGCGAUCAUGCCGGUUUUACCCAUUUUGUAAGUUUCGAUACUUCCAAGUUUAAAAAUUUCGAUUGGGAACUUUCUAAACGCCUAAAUUUUGGUUCACUUUUAGUAUUUUCUAAAGACAAUUUUAAAACAAUAAUUUUUGCCACAGUUGCAGAUAGCAAUGUAACCAUGCUUAAAAGAGGGAUAAUUCAAGUUGUUUUUCAGAAUAACCUUGAGGUUGUAUUUACUAGUUCAUCGGAAGAUGAUACGUUCAUCAUGGCCGAAACAACAGCUUACUUUGAAGCCUACAGACAUGUUCUGGAAGGUUUAAUAGAAACGACAGCUUUACCAUUUCAAAAGUACAUUCUGUAUUGUAAAAACAAGAUACUGCCUCCAAAGUAUUUAAAAGACAUAAGUAAAUACGACAUUGCAAGUAUCAUGAGUGACACUUCUGAUGAGCUUUCGGUGUCUGUUCUAGAAGAUUCUGAUUGGCCAGAGACUAGUGAAACAACUUUGAAUGAUUCUCAACUUAAAGCUUUAAAACAGGCCCUAACUAAGGAAUUUGCAAUCAUUCAAGGACCCCCUGGUACUGGAAAAACAUAUAUUGGGUUAAAAAUAAUGGAUAUUUUAUUGCAAAAUGAGUCGAAUAUUGUGUGUGAAGGUCCUAUUCUUGUAGUUAGUUACACAAAUCAUGCUCUUGAUCAGUUUAUGGAAGGUAUUUUAGACUUUUGUCCUGAGGGUCUAAUUAGGGUUGGAGGAAGGAGUAAAAGCGAUAAGCUUGCAGACUUUAACCUAAAAGUAUUACGAAAGAAAACAAAAGAAAAUAAUUACAAAAGCUCCAAAAAAGACAUGGAAUUCAUUGGCAGUGCAGCAGACGAACUCUGGCAGGAAUCAAUACGUCUUGAGACAACAAUAUUGAAAGUAGAAGAUCUUGCUGAUGAAAUCAGUGCUGCCCAUCGAAAUUCACUAAAUGAACCUAAUCGCACUGAAGGAAUUGUCUGUGAAGUAAUGGAGAUCUGGCUGAAAGCUUCUAAUGCUAACAUAGACAACCAUUUGUUAAAGGUUAGUAGAAGUUAUCUGGCGGGGAUUAUCGGUGAAGGCGCUGAGACUCGCAUAGAUACAGAAUUAAAGUACAGUACUCAGAUGAGCUUUCAGGACAGGGUGAAAAUAUAUCGUUUUUGGCUUUACAAAUACAAAGAAGACUUGACAACACGCAUUGAUCAUUUAAAAUCUAUCAGCCCAGAUAACCCUGAAUCAGAGCCAUUUCAACUCCUAUUGUGCAAAGCAAAUGAUGAUAUUCUUCCAGAUAAUGUGUUAAAACCUUACAUAGCUGAUGAAAUAUAUGCAAUCAUACAAUCAAUAGUACAAAAGGAGAAUAAAAAAGUUGAUAAUGAAAAUAGCUAUUUGAGAUUUUGGCUUUUGGAAAUGUUUGAUACCACCGACCUGUUUCUUGAUGCAAUUGAGCAACUGCAGGUUAUUGAACGCGAAGACAAUAAGGAAGUGGGUGUAAGUAAAGUGCCAGUGGCAAACACAACAAAUGAACGUUCUUGGGUAAUUACUGAAAGUGAUGACAGCGAUUCAGAAAAUUCAGUUGACUCUUAUGAUACUUCAGAACUAGAAGCGAAUUUAUUAAAAGAUAUAAAGGAUAUCGAAUUCAAUUUUACAAGCAUUCAAAACAGAAAUAUCCAAUUACUUAAACGCGCAAAAGUGCUCGGGGUUCAUCUUUCCAACACUGAAGAAAAAAUGGAAGACAAAAUGUGUGUGAACAAUAUGUCUUACCCUCAAGUUUUUAAUUUACUUAACAAAAGUGUACCUUAUACUGAAGAAGAAGUGUCUGCCAUAACUGAUUUGUGGGCUCUUCCACUUGAUGAUCGUUACAGACUCUAUAAAUAUUGGACUGUAAACAAGAAACGAAAGAUCGCCGAACAACUACUUACUUACGCAGAAGCAUACAGAGUCAUGGUAGAAAGUAAAAAAAAUGAUCUUCAGCGUAAAGAUAUAAACAUUCUGAAAAAAGCUAAAGUAAUUGGCAUGACAACAUCAGGGGCAGCCAGAAAUAGAAAAGUUUUACGAAAGGUCGGAUGUCCAAUAAUAAUUGUUGAGGAGGCCGCGGAGAUACUUGAAGCCCAUAUUGUGACAACACUAAACAGUAGAUGUAAACAUCUCAUCCUUAUUGGUGACCAUCAACAGUUGCGUCCUAGACCUAAAAUGCAUAAGCUUGCUAAGGAUUAUAAUUUGGAAAUUUCACUUUUUGAACGGCUAGUAGCGAACAGAGUGUCACUUGUUACCCUUAUAGAACAGCAUCGAAUGAGACCUGAGAUAUCAAGAUUUAUCAAACACGUUUAUCCCCAUUUAAAAGAUCAUGAAUCAGUGCAGAACUAUGAAGAUGUCAGGGGAGUUAAGUCAAACGUUUUCUUCAUACAGCACUCGUAUGAAGAGAGUGUAGUAGAGGACAGUACAAGCAAGUCAAAUGUUCAUGAAGCAAGGUUUCUAACUGCACUGUGUAAAUAUUUUCUGCAGCAAGGAUAUCAGGGUCGCCAAAUAACUAUUCUCGCCGGAUACCUUGACCAAGUAACAUGCAUAAAAAACGAAAUGAAACCAGAAGAAAGUCUUUACGAAUGUGUCACUGUCACAUCUAUAGAUAACUACCAAGGUGAAGAGAAUGAUAUAAUUUUACUUUCUUUAGUAAGAAGUAAUCAAGGAAAAGAAGUUGGCUUUUUGAAAACAAAGAACAGAGUCUGUGUGGCUUUGUCCAGAGCUAAAAUAGGUAUGUUUGUUAUUGGGAAUCUGGAACUACUGGCUGAAAAGGUUCAUCUUUGGAAAACUAUUUCAGAAACUGCUAAAGAACAGCAAGUAAUUGGUAGGAAUUUGGAGUUGGUCUGCGUUAACCAUCCAGACCACGUGACAAUAGUUUCCCAACCUGAAGACUUUCAAAAAGAAGUUCCAGAAGGUGGAUGUAAUAGAAAAUGUGAAGCUAAACUACCCUGUGGACAUGCCUGCCCAAGGAUGUGCCAUGCUAUUAAUGGGCUACAUAACGAAGUAAAGUCUUCGAACCUAUGUUUAAAAACUUGCCAAGAAGAAAAUAGGUGUAGCAGCCCAUGUCUAAAUUCAUAUUACUAUGUGUGUGAGCAACCGAUGUUAAAAACUUUGCCUAUGUGUGGUCAUGAAGCUACAAUGCCUUGUUUCAAAGACGUAGGUGAUGUUGUUUGUUCAGAGAAUUGUGGACAAAAAAUGGCAUGUGGUCACAUCUGCCGUGGUCAGUGUGGAAAAUGUUCAGCUGAAGCACAACAUCAACCCUGUCUGGAAAAGGUGGAUAAGACUUGGUCUCCUUGUCAGCAUUCAAAGUCUGUAGAGUGUCACACUGAUACUUCUGUAGAUCCUUGUCCUAAAGAAUGUGAUGCACGUCUUGAAUGUGGCCAUAAAUGUAAAGGAACAUGCGGAGGUUGUCUCUCUGGUAGAGUACACAAGUCUUGUGGUGAGAAAUGCAACAAAAUUCUUCCCUGUGGUCAUCUUUGUACUGGACCUUGUGGUGGCCAGUGUGUGCCCUGUUCUUCAAGAUGUCUGACAGCAUGUAGGCAUGGCCCAUGUAGCAAAACAACCUGUGGAGAGAAAUGUGACACAUGCAUUGAAAACUGUGCCAUGAUCUGCCAGCAUCAUCACUGUACUUUGCGAUGUGUGGAUGGGUGUUUAGAACCUUUGUGUAUUGAAAGAUGUAACAAACGUGUUGCGUCAUGUAAACACAAGUGUGUGUCGCUGUGUGGCGAACUGUGUGUUUGUUAUGAUUGUGAAAAAGAUAAAUUUUCUCUCACAGAUUCAAGCAACAAGAAAAAACAUAAGCAGGUAAAAAAAAUUGAAAUGAUCGAAAGGAUGAAAAAAUUCCAAGUAGAUGAAGACACUAUUCUAAUGAAAAUUCCAGAAUGUGGUCACAUAUUUACCUUAAACCAACUUGACAAAUGGGUUGAAGAUUUUGAGCCUGAUACAACUCAUUAUAUUCGCUGUCCUAACUGUACAGUUCCUAUCCAAAGUAUAGCAAGAUAUGAAGCAAAAAACAAACAGAGAGCUGAGAGAAGAGAAAACCUAAAGGAAUAUCUUUCAAAAUCUGCAUGCACAUCACACGCAGAAAUUGAGAAUCUCAUUCAUUGUAAAACUUGUUUGAAAAACUAUUGUACUGUAGAUGAAGGUGAAUUUCUUACAAGAAAACCAAAUCAAAUAGACUGCAACCAUGCUUUGGCUUUAACAGUCCAGAUAAAGUUUUCAUAUGUGCUCCUAAAACUUUAUGAACUGCACAAAAUGUUUAGUGUCAAUAACUUGGAAUUUGAAAUAAACAAAUGGAAGUUGGCUAUCAGCUCUAUACAAAGAAACGUAACUGAUCAGUUUUAUAGAGAGAUGACCUUAGAGCUCCACAGGUUGCUGUUAUUAGAACAGAUCUACAUCUUGAAAGGAUUUCUGGGUAACAUUAAUUGUAACUCUCCGUCAGGGAUGACAACGAAGAUCAAAACAAUUAAAAAGUCUAAGCUGACCAGUGAAAGUAGGGAAGAAAAUCAGACAUUCAUAGACGAUUUGUACAAACGGUUUGACCAUCUAGAACCUGGAAAUGAGUAUCUUGAAAAAGUAGAAAAACUACAGAGUUACAGCAAAGAUGUGAGGAAAGUUCUAGAUAUGUCAAAAACUCAGGACUUGAGAUCUGCUCUACAGAACGAGUGAAUACCGAAUGUACCUUCUUUUUUAAAAUUAAACAAACGUUAUAAUAGUAUCGCUUAUAUAAUUAAGUAAUAAUUUAAAAAAAAACAUGACUAGAUGUAUCAGGCUAGUCUUAUUGCGUUGUUUUACUUAAUGUUCUUAGUAAAUACAGUUAUUGUAAAAUUUUAUGUAGAAAGUUUUUAUUUUACUAGCGCUAUAGUAUACUCUCUUUCGACAACUGUUUUAGCAGUAAAAGAUAUCCUUAGUUGUUUCAUUACUCAAUAUAAUAAGUAUGAUGUACACGUGUUAAAAGGUUGGUUACAAAUGCUUUGUAUGUGUGAGUUAUAAUCCAACUACAAGCGUGUGAUUCACUGUGAUGGCAGUGGCGUAACAACCAUGUAACCAAGGUGGACAAAGUCCUGGGACCCCCGGGCUUUUUCAGAAAAUAAACUGAGUAUCUGAGAUUCGUUAUUUUUA